GUGUUCUUGAGCAAAUCCCUCCCUUUGGGGGCCAAUUGACCUAGGAGGGAGAAAAUCCCCUAAGAGAAAUUCGGGUUACUCCUCAAUCAUCAUAGAGUGUCGUGAAUGGUUUUGAUUGGUGACUCGAUGCUGGCGUGGAACAGUCGGGAGGAGAUUUAUCAGGCGGCUCUUCGGAUAGAGAAGGCUGACACAACUGUGCAUCAAGAAGGGAUACAACAAGAGGGAAACAAGAGAAACGCAAGUAACAUGACAGAGUGGUCCGGCCAGCCCAGUCAGUACAGGAGGAGGCAGAGCAGUACCAUUAGCUUUGGUGAUACUCAGAGUCAGACCGGCUCGUCAGGCCUGGUCAAACUUUCAGCAACAGAGGUAUCUAUAACCAGUGUGGGUGGGAUCACUCAGGGGAGUGUAGCCAGACCCCCAGGGUCUGCUAUAACUGUAACGAGCCUGGGCAUUUCGCCAGAGAAUUCCCCUAGAGAGACGGACAAGGGAUGGCUCGGUCCGAGCAGUCUAUCCGGGGUGGUGGAGCGAGGACUCACGCAAGACCACGGUUUGGCGGCAAGCCAAACCGCUCCUUCCAGAUCCAGGGAGGACGCACUGGGAAGUUCGACCAUACUGAUCGGGGCAGAGACCAGGGGCCUCUAGCAGGGGGACAUACGAGGGUAUUUUCCAUGUGAGGGGUAGAGGGCGACCGUGGUGACGAUGGAGGGGACGAGCAAACACAUUGAUGUAAUCAUGUGGAGCAAAUAGGGAGACCGGGGAGAGGAAUUAUUUGUUUUAUGCAUAGACCGCUAGUUGGUUGUUUUCUCCGAAAGAUGCUCUUUCAGUUUUAGUACUCGGUACAAAACCAAUUAAAUUAGUUUGGACCA